CGGUGUUACACUAACUCUAGUGACGACUUCCUCCGUUGGAUAAACACUCGCCGAUUCUGAAAAUGAGUUUAUUUUUGCCAAAAUUGAGCUGUAAAAAAGAAAUAGACGACGUAAUCAAGAGAGUGGCAGAAAAGGUGGUUGUUUUAAGGUUUGGGAGGGAUGAAGACUCUGUCUGUCUUCAAAUAGAUGAAAUUCUCUCAAAAACUGCACACGACUUGAGUAAUAUGGCGUCUAUCUACAUCAUUGAUGUGGAUAAAGCUCCUAUUUACACCAGAUACUUUGACAUCAGUUACAUCCCGUCAACUGUGUUCUUUUUCAAUGGUCAACACAUGAAAGUGGACUAUGGCUCACCAGAUCACACCAAGUUUGUUGGCAGCUUCAAAACCAAGCAGGAUUUCAUGGAUCUUAUUGAGGUCAUAUACAGAGGCGCCAUGCGGGGGAAAAUGAUUGUCCAGAGUCCCAUCGACCCUAAAAACAUCCCGAAAUAUGACCUUCUAUAUCAUGGGAUUUAAGAACUACAAUUAUGUUGUGUAUGACAUGUUGACUAUUGUGAUUUCUGUUCAGCAAAAUUGUGCUUGUGCAAGUGUCUUCUUUUGACUCUUGGUCAUUCACAUUAUGGUACUCAACAAAGGUUGAAUCAAGACAACUAGACUUUCUCAACCUUUGUGGGCAGCUUGAUGGAGUGAAUUAUGCUUCAAUAGAACGCCUUUAUGAGUAUUUUCACUCAGCUCGAUGGAACCGGAUGUUAGAAACUCUCUCUCUAUAUUUUAUCAUGUGUGUUGUUAUGUUUCCUAUGGAAAACAAGUUACACACUAAAUGUGUGUUAAACCAAUAAUGUUUUUUUGUUGAAAUAAAGUUUUCUAUGAUAUUUUGUAUCAACUCAAAUACUGUAGCACUACCUCCAUACAUGCAGAUUAAAGACAUUUGUUUUUGUAUUUGCCUUAUACAGUCACAGUAGCAUAGAAUCAUGUAAAUGUUUCUGCAAAGAGGAAUUUACCAAGGGAACAGGUAGUUAUUGUAGUAGUAACCUUUGGCACAAGUCCAGUACUCACUGCCUCUAGUUAAGGAAACUAACCAUAAGGCCUAACUUGGGAUAUUACUUUUAAUCAUGGUACACUUUAGAGGAAUAUAUCAGUGUACUAAAGCAAGAUCAGGGGUGAAAGUGGGCCGGAAUGGUCAGGAACGCAGUUCCGGUUUAAGAUUCAGGGCCGGAACGCAGUUCCGAUAUAAGAUGCUUUGAUUCCGAAAGUAUGACGGCAACUGUCAAAACGCUAUGUAAAAAAAAAUAAAAAAAAAAUACAAAGCUGCCACACAUGCAUUUCAUCUCCAAGAAGA